AGAAAUUGACAUUGGAACAGUGUAGGUCUGACUUGGUAGGAUAUGUACAGCAUACAAGUAUGCAUCUUUUUCUGACCGAGUGUUUUCAAUUCAUAAAUACAAGUGUAAUUGUAUUUCACCAGUUUCUCCACUAGGUAGAGCACUUUAAUAUAAAAUAAAUAAAUACAAUUGAAUAAUUAUGUUUACUGUUAAUCGAUUCAUGAGGGUUACUUGUUGCUGCCACUCCAUUCUCUUUCAAAAUGCAAUAAAUCAGCAAACAACUCCACACAAUGGACAUUAUUCUUCAUCAGCGAUUAAUUGUGUUGCCCAAUCCUGAACCUAACUUCAAUUUUAUUCCGUGUUUCCUCUGCUACAGCGGCAAUAAAACAACUCAGACAAAAUAACAUCUAAAGGUAUUACAGUCAUACAUCCAAAUAUAAACUAUUUGUCUCCUCCCUCUUUGCGUUUCAUCGUGCUCUUGUCAACAAUUACAAUUUAAAGUAGUUUGGCAUUGUAACGUUGCCUCUUUGUUUCAAUGUAUCAUCCUCCAAAGAGACAAGUGUUACUUUUUUGUUUCCAGAAAAACGACAGAGGGUGCAAAAGCUAUGAUUUACAACAACAACACACACACACACACACACGCGCGCGCAUACAUAUCCAUCUCAGGAAACUGCGAGCCCGCUUUCUUCCUCCUCCGCGACGGAGUGCAAUCACGGUGGUGUAAUGUCCUUCCCUCUUCUUCCUCCUGGAGUCUUCUCUCCUUGUCAGGGUGAUGUAGACUCCCAAGAAUGGGGAAACACCUUCCAAGGAGAAAACACGCAUGCACUUUGACAACACACACACACGCACACACACACACAGCUCCUGACUAAGGGUGAGAAAACAGCACAUGUUGCAUUGGACCAAGCUGACUUGGAAGUUUCAAGUCUUCAGGACUCGGGCCAACGUCAGAAGGUCCAGGUGAAGACAGCAGGAGUUCCAUCGCUGUGGUUCCUUUAAAAAAAGGCAAACACGCUACAAAGAGGCCCGUGAGAGGUUUUCAAGUCACCUGACCCAACAUGGGAUGAACUCCUGAUUCAGCGCCUGAAGCUGUGGCCCCGUGUAUCCUGACUGCCAGCGCCACCACACCGGCGACCUCUAACCUGGCGAGGGGAGGGGCUGAGGGGGGGCGCCGCGGUGUGACAACAUGCGCUGCACCACCCUCUUGGCCCUGUUGCUGGGGGUGGUGCUGUACCUCUGCAUGGGCGCGCUGGUCUUCCAGAAUCUGGAGGCUUCCGAGGAGAGCGCGAAGUUCCAGGAGCUGCUGGAGGCCAAGAACAACUUCCUGAAUAAUCACUCCUGUGUGAGCGAGCGGGAAUUCUACAAGCUUGUGAAGGGAGUCACGUCCGCCGUGGAAGCAGGCUUGGAGGUGAGCAGCAUCUCCACCAACUUCACCAGCCGCUGGGAUGUGGCCUCUGCCUUCUUCUUCUGCGGCGCCAUCAUUACCACCAUAGGUUUUGGCAACCUGUCCCCUCGGACGUGGUACGGACAGCUGUUCUGCCUCUGCUACGCCCUGGUGGGCAUCCCCAUGUUUGGCAUCCUGCUGGCUGGAGUGGGCGACCACAUGGGCACCGUGCUGCGGAGGGCCGUGGCCAAGAUUGAGACCCUCUUCCUGAAACGUAAAGUGCGGCCCACCACCGUGCGAGUCAGCUCUGCCGUGCUCUCCAUCCUGGUCGGCUGCCUCAUCUUCCUCGCCGUGCCCACCGUGGUCUUCCAGGAGUCUGAGGACUGGUCCUUCCUGGAGUCGCUCUACUUUGUGGUCAUCACGCUCACCACCGUGGGCUUUGGAGACUUCGUGCCAGAUGGGAGUCAUGCGGGCGGGCUCUUCUUCAAACCUCUGGUGUGGUUAUGGAUCGUGUUUGGUCUGGCCUACUUUGCCUCCAUCCUCACCAUGAUUGGCAAUUGGCUGCGUGUGCUGUCCAAGAAGACCCGCGCUGAGAUGGAGGAGUUGCGAGCCCAUGCCACAGACUGGACCCAGCACAUGUCCAAGGACUUCCGCCUCCCCAACCCGCUGGAGUUCAACGACCCCUUCCUCCUGCAGCGCCGCCGCUGGAAGCGCAGCGAGCGCCGCCGCAUCCGCCGCGGAGCCCAGGGCACGCUGGGAUACCGGCAGAGGGGCGGGGCAGAGAACGGCCACCUCCCCAACCACUGGGCCGGCCUCUCCGGCUCCAUGGGCCGCCUGGAGGUGCUCGGCUCCUCCCUGGAGAGGAAGAUGAUGUCCAAACCUCGGUCGCGGCUCAGCGCUGCCGGAGUGGGAGGCGGGACCAUUCCUCGAGCCAGGCCCGCCGAGCCCGGUUUGCAACAGCAGGUGGGGAGGCGGUCCUUACCUCACCUGCUGCUGCGGUCCUUCUCCAUGCCCGUCGCUAACUCCGCCUCCGAGCUGGACUCUCCAGAAGCGGCCGGGCGGGGAGGCUCCCUCUCAGGAUCCGAGUCGCCCUUCGACUCCAGGUCUGACAUCUCCUCCGCGUCCUCGUCUUUCUCGGAUCUCCGCGGGUUCCAGGCCCGCCGUGCGGUGUGUGACGUCGAAGGAGGCGGAGCCUCCUCGCAAGACAUGGCCAAGGAAGAAAAGAAACAUUCCUCCCUCGCUCCUCUUCCUCCUCACCGUCCCAACAUAGUCCUCAACGAUGAGCCCUCAGGCGCCUGUCAGCUGCUGGACUUCUUCGGGGAGAACCUGGCCUACAUCGACGAGUCCUCGGACACAUUAAGCGAGCGCGCCCUGCCGGCCGAGGAGAGGAGGAGACGAGCACGUAAGCCCAAGAAGAGGAGCGUGAGGAGGAAGCUGUCGCAGAGGUGGAGCCCCCUUCAGGCGAGGAGGCCCAGCAGCGACAUGCAGCCUCCCUCCAAUCCUCCUACGCCGCCUCCUGACUUGUCUGCGUCAGACCUGAACCACACAGACUCGCCGCCCGCACUCUGACACCUCCAGGGACACUUUUUUUUUUUAAACGACUUGUGAAUGUUUUCCAGCUUGCACCUCAAGAAGCAGUCAAGUUUGUAGCAUUAUUCCGCUGCACUGUCACGUGACUUAGUUUUUUUUAAUGCUGCCAUUCGAUGGUUAACACGCUUGCCGUCACGGUCAGGAGAUCCUGGUUUGAAUCUCUGUUGGUCUUCUUACUCCCACAGCCCACAAACAUGCAUGUUGUUGUUAAUUGGAGACGCUAAAUUGUCCGUAAGUCUGAAUGCCUGUUUGUGAUGUGUCCUGUGAUUGACAGGCUGCCCAAAUCAGCUGGGAUAGGCUCCAGCUUAUCGGUAUAGAAAAUGAAUAAACAUUGGUUCAGUGUUGCCAGUUUGUGUUAAAAAGGGUUGUCUUGCAUCUUUUAUUUUAAAAAAUAAUACUUAAAUGGUGCGAAAACGUGUCAAAUGUUGUGAAAUGUCAAUCAAUACAUUAAUAACUAGCAAAAACAACAAUCUGCCGGUUUUUUUUUAUACAAAAACAAUUUGGUUUUAUCCAUUGGUUACAUGACAGUCGCAUUUUGGAACCUAAAAAAAAAUCACAAAUAUUUGCCUCAAAAUGUAGGUUAUUAUCUUUUACCAAACAUUGUUGUGUGCGUUGAUAAAGUAACAUUUUUAAGUGUAUAGUGUGAGGCAGUAUGUGCACGUACGCCCUCUCCUGGCUGUGAGCAGAAUAGCAACUGACUGCAUUCUAAGUGGGCGCUUUAUUUAUACAUU